AUGGACCAACAAAAUUGGGCUGCUAAGUUACUGGGAUAUCGAUUUGAUAUCGAAUAUAAAUUAGGGCUUGAGAAUAAGGGCACAGAUGCUUUAUCACACAUGUAUGAGGAGGUUGAAUUCCAUAAAAUUAUCCAUUAUCCUAAUUGGGAGGGCCUCAAGGCAAUACUGGACGAGGUUCAUCAAGAUGCCAAAUUGCUAACCAUUAUUGAAGACUUGAAGCAAGGGAAGGAGUAUGAAUCAGGGUUUUCCUACAAACAAGGUGCAUUGUUUUAUGAGGGUAGACUCGUGUUGUCUUCUACUUCUACUUGGAUACCCCAAAUGCUUGAGGAAUUCCAUGAAACACCCUAA